AUGUGUUUGUCUGUCACAGUGGGGAAGACGCUGAGUCACGAGAAUACGGUUGUACGAGUGGAUCCUGGCCUUAAGUAUCAGCAGCAACAACAGCAGCAGCAGCAGCAACCGCAGCAGCAAAAGCCGCCCGGAGUAAGCAGCAGUGCAAGCAGUCCGCGUCUGGUCUCGUUACCAGGUUCGCCAUACGCAUCCUUUCGUUACUUACUGCUGUUUCGUUCGUUGCUUGGUUAA